AUGGUACACUGCUUGACCAAGAAUGGGUACAACGAGGCGAAAUGCCAGGCGCAGAUUGACGCACUUUACGAAUGCUGUAACGCCUUUUACCAGGAGCGAGGCGACCACGCGUCCGUUGUAAGCUGCCCGAAGGCGACACUGCUGCGGUUGAAGAUGAAGCAGCGUGCGGAGGCAGCGAGCCAGAAUUAG